AUUCCUUUAUUUCUUACAAAAUGGCUGCACUAUAGAGACGCGUACUAAAGUUAUAUUCGUCAUAAUGGAGCUAAAUAACGUUCAAUAUACCAACAAAAACAAGUGUUUAUCUAAUAUUUCGACAACAGACGUGUUGAUUUGCGGAGUUAAAUCUACAUCAGUGUGUACACCCGAAGUGAUUUCGUUUCGUGAACGCGUGUGGAUUUCCCCUCAAGAUUAUCCUUUACACUCUGUAGAAAACAUCAGCAAGUGCUGCAGAUUCGUGCAUAGGCCUUCUCCGGACAUUGUUCAAGAUUGUAGAGUCUCAACAAUGUGCGCGUGAGUGAAAAUGCCCUAACUGUGAUUUAGUUACAAGUGUAUAGGAAAUAGUGUAAAAAAUAUAUAAAAAAAAUAACAAAGAUGAAUUUUGCUGCUAAUCGCCCCGAUAGACGCGCCGUUUUCACCCCUCCGUAUUCCAUCGCCAACUACAGUACAGACACAAAGAAGGAAAUGAGGCAUUCGUUUGCCGAGGACAUUUUCUUAGUACCAAACAACCUUCAUCUAAUUCCCGAUCCUUUGAUGAAGAAUUUGGCUGACACCAUCAUUACAGAGGAAAAAAUGGCGCCUAAAUCAAAAUUAAAUAGCAAAAUUGAUGUGAAAACAGAAGAAGAAAUGCACAUUGAACCUGAAUACUCCCCUUUAUCAGGCAUCACAAGUUUUUUCACUGGCGUCAUGAACGUAAUCACCAGUGCGAUGUUUAGUAAGCGGAAACAAGCUGAUUUCGUUGCGCCCCCGGUCCCCCAGAUGGCGGCACCGGCGAUGUGGCAUCCCGCCAAAGUUUUGGAUGAAAAUAAAAUUAUUCAGGAUGAAAAUCGUUCGGGUGAUAAGUCUAGUGAGCUUGCGGCCUCAGAAAUGACCGAUUGUAAGAAGGCGGUGGCCCAUUGUCAGAGCAAACUCGACCAGGUCCGCCUAUUACUCGGUACCAAGCCUGUACCAUGCAACACCUGGACUCGGAGACGCCCCAAACGAGUGUUCGUGGAAGCCAGCUCUGUAGAAGACUGUUUCGAGGAUGCCUUCUCGCCAGAAGACUUCGAAAACAUCGCCAAAAACUCCUACCUUGAAUACUCCAGUCCUAUCUGUUACCAUGACAACGCUUUCCAUGAGAUUGACGCCCCUAAAGUCAAAACAGAGAUUGGAAAGCCUCCUCCAGUCAAAACAGAGAUUGGGAAGCCUCCUCCAGUCAAAACAGAGAUUGAAAAGCCUCCUCCAGUCACAACAGACCCUCCUCAACCAAUCCCGGAGCCUCCACAAAUCAUUGAGACCACGGAAAUCGUUAAAAAUGUACCUGAAAUUGAAACUACCAAUGAUAGUAAGUUAGUGAAUGAUACAAAGCAAGAAUUGGUCGCCUCUUGUGAAGACAAGCUCAGCAAGCUGAAGGCUUUGAUGCAGGAGAGGAAGAAGAAGUCCAAAUCACCGAUUCCUACUCCGGAGCCUGAACCAGUGAAGGUUACGGAGCAUAUUGACCCUCCAAAACCUGAACCAGUCAAGGUUACAGAAAAGAUUGAUCUUCCAAAGCCUAAAACACCUACUAAAGUAAGGGACAAAAGGUUUAAGAACCCUAACCGCACUUGCAGUAAGAGAACAAAGUCUAAAAUGAAGAAGAGCAUCCUGGAUGACUUACAAUUUGCAAAUGAGAUCUCCGUCGAUGAAAUCGCCACCCCUGAAAGCUCCCCAUCCUUUCACCCUGUUACCUUCGAUAAAUACAUCCCAACACCCACAGAACCGGACAAAGAUUAUUUCGACGAAGUCUCUGGUCGUUUCAAACCAAGUUCGCUGCCAGAAAGCGAGGAUUCCUUCCAAAUUGUGUUCAAUGACGGUCCUAAGUUACGUAGAACAUCGGACUGCGAGUCAGAAGACUCUUUCAUUGUGUUCGAGGAUUCACCGGACAGCUGUUACACAUCGAACGAUGUAUUUGGAGAUUCCAGUGACUCGGAGGAGUACGACAGUGAUUCGGAUGACAUGAGUGACUCUGGAUGUGGAAAUUUCUCAUUGGCGGCUUCUCAGUUGUCUAAAAGUGUUAAUAAUCUAGCGGAUGACAGCCUGUAUGUCGAAGAAAGUGAUGCAGAGGAUGAGGUGGACUGUGCUAAUGUGACAUUGUGUGAUAGAGUGGGUGUCGGUGAGGUAGCGGAGUUGGAGAGUGAGAAAUCCAGCGGUCUACUGCUGGAUGAGACAAAGAAGAAGUUGCGAAGAGCUUUACCAGCAAAGAAGGUCCACUUCUCGGAACAGCCCCCGAAGGUCCACGUGAUGAGAGUCUGGUCGUUCGCGGCUCGGCAGGCCAGAGCCGGUCAUUGGGAGAGAUUCGCCUUAGAUCGGGAUAGAUUCAAGCGACGGAUUGCAGACGUAGACAUGGCAGUCUCCUGGGUCCUCAAACCACAACACCGUUCUAGAGUCAUGUUCCAACGCUUCAUGCCUUGGUGGAACGCUUUAAAGCGUAAAGAACUUGCCGAAAAGAAGGAACAAGAAGCUUUAGAGAAAGCCAGAAAAGAAGAAUUGGAGAAACUUGAAUCAGGUAAUCGUGAUGCCGUUUCAGAAGGUGACGGUCAAGAAGAGAAGCAACCACAAUGUCCUAUCUCCGUUCAAGAAGAGAAUAAUAAGAAUAAUGUUAAAAUUGAUAAUGUUAAUAGUUACCAAAUUGUACCGGUUAAUGGAAAGAUUUUGGAUUUGGCCUCAGAUUAUAAAGUGCCGGCCGUUCAGACUUGACAAAUGUGACUAUUUGCUUUUGUUUAAGCCUAUUAUGGUGUUGGGUAGCUCUGGUUUUAAAAAGGAUAAAACUCUAUUACGAUUGGUGUAUUUAGGUAUACUUUUUUUCUGUUUAAAAAAAGUAUACUUUUAAAUUGAUGUGGGAAUUGGAAAAAAAUAAAAAAAAUAUUUUUGACACGCUUGGUUUCACGACAUAUUGUAUCCUCUAGCUUUGCUCGCGUUCCUGUGGGUAAAAAAGUAGCUUAUGUGUUAUUCCAGAUCAUAAUCUACCCCUGUUCCAAAUUUCAUUCCGAUCCCUUCAGUCGUUUUGACGUGAUUGAGUAACAAACAUACAUACACACAAACUUUUGCAUUUGUAAUAUGAGUUGGGUAAAGAGUAAUUCUGUAGUUUAAGUAGGUGUAAGCGUGUCUAGCAAUGACAGGCUUGCGUUGCUUAAAUUAUGUUUUAUUCAUAUUGAUACCCAAAUAAUAUUUCAUAUCUUAUAUCUGUAUAAAUAAAAACUAGCUUCAAGCUUCUUUGUGCGAACUGCUAGGGAGUGGAACUCCUUGCCGGAGUCUGUGUUUCCUGAUGGGUAUAACCUGGGUGUCUUCAAAGCCCGAGUGAAUAGGUUGCUUAUGGGCAGACGUGCUUCAUCGUAGGCCGCAUCAUAACUUACCACCAGGCGAGAUAGUGGCUAAACGUCCACCCAUGAAAUGUAAAA